AGCUCAGUUUCAUUAGAAAGAUCAUAAAAAAAUGAAAUCAAUUUUAUCCACCACUUCUCUCGACUCUUCAUUCUCUCUCUCUAAACGUUACUUCAACUGGAAGAAGAAGAAGGUUCAAGAAGAAGACGACGAGGAAGAAGAAGAAGAAGACGACGAUCUCAUCAACAACGAACAAAAGAUCUUGACCCGUUUCAACUUUUCCUCCGACCCGACCCGACCGGAUCAAUUCGAUACUCAACAAAUAACGAAGAAGAAGAAGAAAAAAACCAUCGAGAGGAUCCGUUAUGCGCUUGGGUUCUCAAAUUCGGGUCUGGGUUUCCGGGUAGUGGGUACGUUAUUCGGAAACCGUCGUGGACACGUGUAUUUCGCCGUACAGGAUGAUCCGACCCGUUUACCCGCGGUUUUGAUCCAGUUACCGACUCCAACGAGCGUUCUCGUCAAGGAAAUGGCUUCGGGGCUCGUGAGAAUCGCGCUCGAAACGGCAGCGUUUAAGACGGGUUCAAAGAAGCUUCUUGAAGAGUCCACGUGGCGUACCUAUUGCAACGGCAAAAAAUGCGGCUACGCGGCGAAGAAAGAGUGUGGAGAGGCGGAGUGGAGAGUUUUGAAGGCUGUGGGACCCAUUACGAUGGGUGCCGGAGUUUUGCCGGCGGCGACGGCGACGGUGGCGGAAGAUGGGAAUGAAGCGGUGGGGUCCGAGAAAGGCGAGCUCAUGUAUAUGAGAGCCCGGUUCGAGCGGGUUAUCGGGUCCAGAGAUUCGGAGGCCUUUUACAUGAUGAAUCCUGAUGGGUCUAGUGGUGGGCCUGAGCUUAGUGUGUAUUUUCUAAGGGUUUAAAGGGAAACAUAUAUUAGUAUGAUUAAACAAGGUAAUAUUUGGACCAAGAAAUUUAAGUAUGUGUUUUGAUUUUGGGUUUUUGUUUAAAUGAUGUAAUAUCAACUAUGGAAAAUUGUUAUUUAGAUGCAAUGUUUUUAAUGAA